UGGGGCUAAGGCUGGAGAGCGCUCACUUGACUGGCUCCUCUUCCCGGAACUUCCUGUGUCCUGCGCUUGUGGAUGGCAUCACUGCGAGCCUGAACAGCCGCGUGAACUUUGACAAUGGCCAAGAACAAACUAAAAGGGCAGAAGUCCAGGAAUGUAUUUCAUAUAGCUACCCACAAAACUUUCAAGGCUAAAAACAAGGCAAAACCAGUUACUACUAAUCUUAAGAAGAUAAACAUUAUGAACCAUGAAAAAGUCAACAGAAUGAACAGAGCCUUUGUAAAUAUACAGAAAGAACUUGCAAACUUCUCAAAAAGCCUGUCUCUUAAAUCUGUACAGAAAGAACUGAAGCACCAUGAAAAUGAACCAGCUAACGUUGAUGAAGCAACACGACUAAUGGCUCAGUUGUAAUACAGUGAUGGUGUAUCACAGUCCCCCAAAGAUCAAUAAAUUCAGUGUUUCAUACAA